AUGAAAGAAAAAGGUGAUGUUAACAAAAGGGCACUAGAUAUUAAAGGGAAUGAUGAAUCAAUAAAAAAAAUAAAAACAGACGAUGAAGAGAAGGGAUAUGAGAAAAAAAACUUAAAUGAUGCGGAUAGUAAAAUAGAUAAUUCCUAUUCUUUAUAUUUAGAAUACCAGAAAGGAAGAAACAAAAAUUUAAAAGACAAUUUAGAGUAUAUAGAAUUGUUAAAAAAAAAUGCAAGAAGAAAAUACUUGAAAGAAAGAGAAAAAGAAAAAUUAGAUAUAACAAAAAAGUUGUUAGAUGAUGAACUAUUAUAUAGUACAAUUAAAUUAGACGAAAAGGAUAUUAAAGAAUUGGAGUUUUCUAAAAAAAUUUAUGAUAUAUCGAAAGCAAAUGUAAAACUAAGAGAAAAACUACAAGAAAGUUAUUACACUUAUCAAGAAGAUGUUGAUGACAAAUAUAGUAACCUUAUAGGAAAUAUAUUACAACAAAAUGAUAAUAAUGCAGAUCCAUCUUUAUAUAACUAUGAUCAGCAAAUAAUUAAUAAGGGUAUAAUGAAAUUUGGCUCAGAAGCCAUUCAACAAAAUAAUUUUACAAAUGACUUUGUUUUUGAUACUGGUAUCGAUUAUGCAAAGGAUACAAAGAGAGAAGUAAUAGAAGAUAAAAUCAGAGAUAAACAUAAAAGUAAAGACAAAGAAAGGUAUAAAGAAAGAGAUAAAAAAAGUGAAAAAAAAAAAUAUAAAGAAAAACAUGGAGAAAAAUAUUAUAAUAAGCACGAAAUGAAAAGUGAUAAAUACAAAAGAUAUAGUAGCAGUGAUGAUAGCUAUAGUAGUGAUUCUGAAAAGAUAAGCAAAAGCAAAAAAAAGAAAACUGAAAUGGAAAAGGAAAAAAAAAAUAAGAAAGAAAAUAUAAAAAGGGAUGAAAGUGGAGAUGAAAAAAAACUUUCGGAAAUGAAUAAUGGCUUAAAUAGUGCUGUAGAAUUUGUUCAUUUAGAAAGUUUGUCUGGUAUGAGUGAAAAAGAAAAAGAAUUACAAAAACUUUUUGAAGAUAUACAAAAAAAUAAAGAAAAAAAAAUGAAACAAAUAAUUAAUGAAAGGAAAAGGUUACCUAUAUAUAGUUAUAGAUAUGAUAUAUUGAAAGCUAUAAAAAAUAAUAAAAUUUUAAUAUUAGUUGGAGAAACAGGAAGUGGAAAAAGUACACAACUAACACAAUAUUUGUAUGAAUGUAAAUAUCACUUAUAUGGAAAUAUAAUAUGUACACAGCCAAGAAGAAUAGCUUGUAUAGCUAUAGCAAAUAGAGUAGCUGAUGAAAUGAAUGUAAAAGUAGGGAAAGAAGUUGGUUAUGUUAUAAGAUUUCAAAAUAAAACAAGUGAUAAUACAAAAGUUAUAUAUAUGACAGAUGGUAUGUUUUUACGCUUAUUAUUAUAUAAUCCAACUUUAGAAGGUAUAUCAGUUUUAAUUGUUGAUGAAGCUCAUGAAAGAGCAUUACAUACAGAUGUUAUAUUACCAAUAAUUAAAGAUAUAUGCAAUUUUAGAGAAAAUAUCAGAAUUGUCAUAUCAUCAGCAACAUUAGAUGCUGAGAAAAUUUCUUCCUAUUUUAAUUGUGCACCAAUAUUUUAUGUGCCAGGAAGAAAAUAUAAUGUCGAUAUUUAUUAUACUAUUAAUAAUGAAAGUAACUAUUUAUCUGCUAUUGUUGUAACUAUAUUACAAAUUCAUAUAACACAGGGAAAAGGUGAUAUAUUAGUUUUUUUACCUGGCCAAUUUGAAAUUGAAUUAGUUCAACAAGAACUUGAAAGUAAAUUAAAUGAAUUAGCUCCGAAAUUUCGGAACAUGAUUAUAUUACCUAUUUAUUCCUCUUUACCUGCUGAAUGUCAAUCACGUAUAUUUGAAGAUGUUGGAAAUGAGGAUGAUGUAAAAAAUGAAAAUAAUGACAACGACGAUAAAAGUGACGAUAAGGAAUCUAUCGAUGAUGAGGGUAAAAAAGAUGAUACAGAAAAAGAUGACGAAAAUAAUAAUAAUAAAAAAAGUAAUAAUGAAAAUGUUAAAUUAGCUACAAAUAACAUACGAAGAAAAAUUAUACUUUCAACAAAUAUAUGUGAAACGAGUAUUACUAUAGAUAACAUAAUAUAUGUUAUAGAUUCAGGUUUGUGUAAACAAAAAAUAUAUAAUCCUAAUUCGGGUAUAGAAUCUUUAGUCACUUUACCAUGUUCUAAAGCAUCUGUUAAUCAAAGAGCUGGUAGAGCGGGUAGAAAACAAGAUGGAAAAUGUUUUAGAUUAUUUACAAAAAAAUCGUUUAUUGAUUUAAGUGAUAAUUCUAUUCCAGAAAUUCAACGCUGUGAAAUUAGCAGUAUGAUAUUAUUAUUAAAAAGUUUAGGCAUGGAUGAUAUUAUUAAUUUUGAUUUUUUAGAUCCACCAUCUCCGGUUGUUAUAAUAAAAGGGCUCGAGCUUCUUUAUUCAUUGGGUGCAUUAAAUAAUGAAGGAAGUUUAACAAAAACUGGAAGGAAAAUGGCUGAAUUUCCAACAGAUGUAAAAUCGAGUAAAAUGAUUUUAUCAGCAUCGGAAAAAUAUAAUUGUGUUGAUGAAAUAUUAAGUAUUACAUCCAUGUUAACCCAUGCCAAUAGUAUUUUUUAUGUUCAAAAAGGAAAGGAAAAAGAAGCAGAUAACGUUAAAAAAUUUUUUAUUAUAGAAGGUGGUGGUGAUUUUUUAAUGUUUUUAAAUAUUUUUAAACAAUGUGAAGAAAAUAAUUUCUCUACCUCGUAUUGUUAUGAUCACUUUUUACAAUACCAUACACUUAUUAAAAUAAAAGAUAUAAAAACACAGCUAACUAGUAUAUGUGAAAAACUCGAUUUACCCAUAACUUCAUGUGGAAUCGAAAAACAUGAUUCUAUAUCUAAUAUUAAAAAAUGUAUAAUAAGCGGGUUUUUUACUAAUGCUGCUUUACCAAUUAAUAAAUCCGAACUCAAGAUAAUUAAAUUAAAUCAGGUUGUUAGUAUAUAUCCAAGUUCGGUACUAGCAAAAAAAAAUAUUAUGGAGGAAUAUCACAACUCAUGUAUUAUUUUUUAUGAAGUUAUUAAGAUAAAUAAAUCGUAUAUACGUUAUAACAUAGAUGUGAAUAAAGAUCUCCUUUUUGAAAUUGCAUCAUUUUACUUUUUCACCAAAAAUUCAUGA